UUAAAAAAAAAAAAAAAAAAGCACACAAAAAUACCCCAAAACCAAUCCCAGAUCUAUCUUUCACAUCAUGACAACAGCAACAACAACGACAACAACCCACCCUGCAACGCAGCAGCAAGAACCCCCCAAAACAAGUUUCACCGCCCACCUAAUCGCCUCCUUCACAUCCCCCAUAUCCUCUCUCCCCACGCCAACACCAGACCCCCUCUACAAGCCCGCAGAAGUGCCCCGGAUCAAAAAUGCAAAGAGAUUGACGGGCACGCGCACAAAGCAGCUUAUCCGCGCUGCGGAUCGGGGACAUGAUGAUCCACCACCGCCGCCGGGUCUGGGCGAGUGCUGUGGGAGUUCGUGUGAUCCGUGCGUGAAUGAUCUGUGGAGAGAGGAAUUGGCGUGUUGGCGGGAGCGUUGGGGGGAGGGUGCUGUGGAGAAGAAGAAAGAGGAGAAUCGGAAGGAUGGGGAGGGUGCAGGUGGGCUUAAGGGGAGAGGGGGGUGUAUGCCUGGGAGUUUUGAUUGGUGAUUUACUUUCUCUCUCUCACACACACUCUCUCUUUACUUGUGUAUGUAUGUAUGUAUGAAUGAAUAUAGAUGGGUCUUUAUGAGGUAUGGCUUUUUGGAUUUGUU